GACCAGUGGUUCCCAAUUGACUCACAAGGGGGAUCGUGAGAUGAUUUCCUGAAACUAUCAUAAUCAUCAUAUUUUGGCCAUAAUUGUUCCAAAAGCUCAAACAUACUGGUUAAAUUUAAGAUAAAAAACAUGCAAAGAGUCAUCAGCUUUCAGAUGUUCUGCCUCCACGUGGCCCCUGAGGUUAUUACAGCAGAUUAGUGACAGCAUCAGUUACAGCAGGUUAAUUUACAGAACCACAGGAGACACUGCCACAUGUGCACAUUGGUAACUUUCUUUGUGACGUCCUCGGGGAGAAGUGCAUGGGCUGAAAAGAAGUUUGGGAACCUCUGAUCUAGACUUCUCAGUAACUGUUGGUUUUGUGAGAACCUUUGCUCUUGACCUCACAUUUCAAACGAUGGAUGUCUCAUUUUGGAAAGACGUUCUUUAUGUGGAGUGAGUCUCUUUGGAUAACUGGGAAACUGCUGCUCUGUCCCUUUUUAACAAGCUGUGUCUUUCGGUGGAGAAAUGUCAGGGUACUUAUUUCUGCCCCGUGCUCUUUUUCUUGGAUAUUGUUGGUAUUUUUCUAACACAACUUUUGAUCCACAAGUAUUUCCUCGUAUCUCUCUGGUUGGCUUCUUCUGCUCGUCCUUCAGUGGGGCUUCGCUUUUGUUUUUCACAGAAUAUCUUAAACGUCUCUGUAGCAAAGAGGCAACCAUCCUCAUUAAAGUGGUUGUUUUAUAACCUUGAAUAUGAUAUUAUUGCAAAAACUUUAGUAAACUUUUGGAUUUUAAAAGCCUCAUCCCAUUAUUUUGAUAUAUUAUUUAAUAGAAGACUAAUCCGGUUUAUUUAGCAUCACACUGUUUAACACCGCUGCAUUUCAAACUGCCCCCGUCUUCACCAUUACUCAUUCGUCUGCAUUGUUCACUGAUUGUCAUGCACUAAACGUUGUCUUGUCAUCUUGUCUAUCUUUGUCCUCCACCUCUCUAUCACAACUCCCUCCCACACGUUCCUCCUCGUCUUCCUCACCCUUUUGUUGUCUUACUUCUUCUCUGCAUCUUCCCCGCAAACUUCCUCCUACGUUAUCUUUCCAUUUCUGCCUCGCUGGUUCAACUUGAUUAAUUGCUUCAUGUUUUAAACCCGUAAUCCUGAACAUUCCCAUUAUUUGAAAAACAAAAAUGUAAAUCCCAAUCCCACUUCCUCACCUGAUUCACACCCCCAUUCAUCCGAACCCUCCCCUGCAACACCCACCCAUCUACUCUCAGAACUGCGUAUGAAGGCCAGGCGAGGUAGUGUUCCCUCAAACAGUUCUGUCAUCUGCCAUUUAGCCGGCCCGCCACAUGAAUACCAAGGUCCCAACAUGCACCACAGCAGCAGCAGCUCGUCGAUGGCGGCGGACGAAGCGACCCGCGGUGUGGCUGUGGAGAAACUAGAAACAGUGAAGAAGUGGGGUUACAACACAUACAAGUGCACGAAGCAGAUGAUCUCGGAGCGGUUCGGUCGGGGAUCCCGGACCGUGGACCUGGAGCUCGAGGCCCAGAUCGAAGUGCUGAGAGACACUAAAAAGAAAUAUGAGAACAUGCUGCGAUUGGCCCGAGCGCUGACCAACCACUUCUACAACAUGGUGCAGACGCAGCACGCACUGGGAGACACGUUCGCUGACCUCAGCCAGAAAUCUCCAGAACUACGAGAUGAGUUUGGCUACAACGCAGAGACUCAGAAGUUGCUGUGUAAGAAUGGGGAGACUCUACUCGGUGCCGUUAACUUCUUCGUGUCGAGCAUCAACACACUUGUCAACAAGACCAUGGACGACACCCUGAUGACUAUCAAGAUGUAUGAAAAUGCCAGACUGGAGUUUGAUGCCUACCGGUCGGACCUGGAGGAGCUGAGUCUGGGUCCCAGAGACGCCGCAGCCAUGGUCCGUAUAGACGCGGCUCAGCAGCAGUACCACGUGCAUAAGGAGAAGUAUGAACGCCUCCGCUCAGACGUCAUCAUUAAACUCAAGUUCCUGGAGGAGAAUAAGGUGAAGGUGAUGCAUAAGCAGCUCCUGCUCUUUCAUAACGCCAUCUCCGCGUACUUCGCUGGCAACCAGCAGCAGCUGGAGCAAACGCUGAAGCAGUUCAACAUAAAGCUGAGGCCCCCAGGGGCCGACCAGCCCUCCUGGUUGGAGGAGCAAUGAGAGGCGCCUGCUGGGCCUCACUCAGCCUCCGAUUGACCACCUCCACCUGUUAACCUGUUGAAACCCCCCAACUUACAGAGGACCACUACAGAGAGAGACAUGCAGAAACCUGGGUGGAUGAAGAAUGAAGAGGAGCGUGUGCCUGGAUGACUGGACUGAUGAAUUACAGGGUAUUAUCGGUGAAUGGUCUUAAAACAGCAGGAUAUAGAGCGGCCAGUCUCAUAAACAGUCAGGGGGCUUCUAGUGCCUCUCGUCCCGACUCCCUCGUCUCACUUUAACCUCGUCCUUGUGCUUUUGUUCCCAGAGAAACUGUUCAUCUCCUCCUCCCUCUCUUACCCACUUCCCUUGACCCCCUCCUAUCAUCACUACUUCGCCGUGUACGCUUGUGUUAGUCAUUUUUAUGGCUUGUUGUUCUCCUCAAGUGCUGAGUUCAAAUUCAACCGCACAUCAGGCAGCGCAGAACAAGAGACGGACGAGUUUGAGGAGAAACAGCUCGAAUCAUCCAACACAACGCGAAGGCAUCAAAACUAUUCCAACCCCCCCCCCCCCCCCCCUCCUCCUCGUGUGCCUCCUUGUAUAUGAGAAACAAAUCAACGUACACGUGAGGAGGAGUCUUGUGUAACACUGGAAAAGAAAUGUGCAGAUAUUCAAACCAAGUACUGUUUCACUUUUGGAAAUAUUAUAUGUUAAUUUGUAGCCUAAAAAAGGAAAAACUGUUUAGUUUAGUAUUUGUUAAAUUUGACUGUCAUCUCUUUUAUUUUCUAAUCAUUUCAGUUUGUUAUUGGUCAGAGUGCAGGACAGGAUCGCGUUAGAGCAGUGUGUGCUGGUGUGUAGACUGCGAGUGCUGCAGUGUGUAGUCUGUAAUUAUCAGAAAUAUUACACAUUUUAACCUGAAAAUAAUUCAACUCAUACAGUAUCUUUGGUUAUUGUAUUUAAUUUGACAUGAGAGACGUGAUGUCAUGACCACAUGGCCUGAGGAGACCUGUAAAGAUGGGUGUACGUUUCUGUUUAGGUUUAAUGGCGUCACUUCAUUAUUGAAUUGUUUAAAAAGGAGGACUGUACAUUUUCUUUGGUUUUACAUAGAUUAUCUUUUGUGUUUUUUAAGUUUGUCUUUUGAGUUAACGAGAUCUUGCAUUAAUAUCAAGGCCAGAGCCUGACGAUGUGGAUUUUUAGGGGCAAAUGUAUUUUAGUAAGUAAAACAUUUCCAAUACUAAUAUAUUGAUUGGGUCUAUAUAAAUAUAUAUAUGUUUACAAAACUUAGCGGUGAUUCCUAAGAUGUUGAUAUCAAACUCAAUUAAAACCCAUUUUCCACUGGUACACUCACUAUGAAUAUGGAUUUAAUCGGCAUGUACUCCAGACUCAAUUGACUCUGCAGUCGACUCUGGUUUUAAUCGGCUCUGAUUGACAGUGAUGGAAAUGUGACUCCAGGGUGAACUGACAUUAGAACAUGAUGCACUGAGGGAAAGAAACAGACAAACUCCUUUUAUAUGCAAUCAAAGGGGUUUACCAGCAUUUAAAAAAACCUUUGUAUGCCUGCUAAUUGUGGUGUAAAACUUGUUAUAUAUUUGAGGCUUGAUAUUUUACAGUUUAACCAUAAACUAUAUUACAAAUACAACCAAAUAUGUUGAACCUAAACUUGAAAAUUAACCCUUUAUUUGCGUAAAAUAUAAUCAGAAAUUUAGGUGUUUCAUUAUCGCGAAUUCUAAAAAAGUUCUCAUAUCAGCAAACAAAAGAAAUGCUCAUAUUAGCAGAUUUUUUUUUUUCAUGUUGAGCUCUAAUCUAGAAUCAUAUUUUUCAGAAUAUGUAUCUGCUUGUUUACCUUUUCUUCACACUGCAGAUUUCUGUAGCUCCACGAUCACUAACGCUAACAUUUAACAGAAACUCGUUCUAGAUGGUGAUUGUCACACUAAUGAUUCUUCACUUGUUUUUUAUUUCCUGUGACUGAAACAUUGCUGUAGUAAGAUAAAAGCAAACAAUCAUGAAUUGUUGACAGUUCAGAGAAGGAAUCGCUGCGUAAUACAGAAUGUUUUAUGUCACUGUAUUUAUUAUGCUCAUCAUAUGUGUUAAUCUGUCAGAACUUCUGAUUUGUGCAAAUUACUUUUAAUGUUUAUGAGUAAAUGAAGUUCAAGGCAACUCACAGAAUAUCCAACUCUGGAAAUGGAUCUACACCGAAAAGAGAAAAGAAAUUCUGAGCUGUUGGAAUUGAGUUUCCUCAGUGAAGUCAAAUGACGAUUAAUCAGUGCAAUGAAUGUUGUGACAUUCUGUGUUUGACACCAGUCCUCCAGCUCCUUGACUCCUCGGUAUUUUCAUGGCAGACGGAUCCAAAGUGUCGGUGCAGGAAAGUGAUGGAGGGAAAUGGAUUUAAUUUCAUCAAAAAUGGAUCGUGAAAUGUAUUUCUCUGCUUGUGUUUUCUGAAUUCUUUCGUCAACUGGGUGUAUUUUAUUGUGGCUUAAAACAAAAAUCUCUCUUGAAACUAUUUGGUUAAAAGCUGCAGUUUCCCAGCUCCUGGUCUGUUCGACCGUCACUCAGCAAUAUUAACAAAAUGUGACUGUUUGUGUCCUGACCUGCCUCCUUUGAAAUUCCUCUCCCUCACACCAAAAUGAAGAUUUAUGAAAUGAGAUAUUUUAUUUGUGUACAAUCAAUAUUUUUUUUAGGUUGAGCUGGUGUAUUGUACAUGAUUGCACAUACUGGUAUUUAAGGUGAUAAAUGAAGUUGUGUCCUGGAUUGAUGUAGUACUCUGCCUUCAUUCCCUCACUCAGACCUGAACAGUCCCAACUCACCCCGAGGGAACAAGAAAUAAAAAAUACACAUUUUCAAAUGA